AUUGGGAUACUGCAAAGAAUUGCUGUAGAGAACUUACUAUAUGAAAUCAGGAUCUCAUUUUCCUUGUGUGAUAUUCUCUCCCUGUGGAAAAUGAGAUUCACAUUCUUGUUUUAUUCCUGUUUUGUUUCUGUGCUUACUCAGCUUCCUUUUGUAUGUGUUUUAAGAGUUCUGUUACUUUGGAAAAGACGGUUGGUAAGGACUAGUUUGCAUAGAGAAUUAGAGUUGAGUUUACUAAGAGCUACAGGGUGCUCUUGAGGUUACAGUUGAAUUGGAAAAAUAAACUGUGUUUGUAGGAAAUAAAGAGCAAACCCUUUCAAUGAAAGAGUGAUGAUUUCUAAACACAAAAUCUUUUUUGUGUACAGAGUUAUUGCAUUUUUUUCCAGUGACUACAUUUUGACUGUUUAGAACUUGAAGAACAUACCUCUAAAACAACAAAUUUUAAUUUAAGAACCUUGAGUAAAAUGUAUAUGAAUGAGUCUCUGUUGAGUAGUACUUUACACUAUGGCCUCUGAAGUUGGAGGCUGAAGUUAUUCUGAUAGCAAUUCACCUAAAAAAGGAAAAAGUAAAUUUUUGACUCAGGGUUAAUAUGCUUAAAUGAGUUACUGCCCAGAAAGUAGGAGUUAAGCAGAUUUACAUACUAGAUAAAUGAGAUCCCUAGCUUAUCUGUUUUCAGCUCUGGAAGACCAAUAACCAUACUUAAACAUGUAAGAAAUGGCAACCCACUCCAGUAUUCUUGCCUGGAGAAUCCCAUGGACGGAGGAGCCUGGUAGGCUACAGUCCACGGGGUCGCAAAGAGUCGGACACGACUGAGCGACUUCACUUUCUUUCACUUACACUGUGGAAAUACUAAGCUGCUCUUGAGGGAAAAGACAGAUGCUAAUAUUUGAGUGUCCUCACCGACUCAAUGGACAUGAGUUUUUUUUUUUGGACAUGAGUUUGAGCGAGCUCUGGGAGGUGGUGAAGGACAGGGAACCCUGGCAUGCUGUAGUCCAUGGGGUCGCAGAGUCGGACACAACUGAACAACAAAACCAAAAAGUAACUGGCCACCAGUCCUCUUCGAGUGGAGUGUGCUGACCAGUAAGCCCUGCCCAUGUACACAAACCUUCCAAACAGGUUUUUAGUGCUUCACUUUUCAAUGAAGUCAGCCAAAGGUCACCAGAAAUUGAGAAGAACUUUGACUGCAAAAGGUAGAGCUAAAUAAAAAGCAACUUGAUAACUCUCAAGAAUCUGCAAACUUAUACAGUAUUCAAGAAAUUAGAACAGAAUACUAAUAAAAUGUCACAACAAGAAAUGAGAAUAAAUAAAUUCAGUGAGAGUAUUAAAAGACAAGGAGAUGUUCUAGAACAGAAAUCAAAAGUAGAAAAAAUAAAUAUGGAUCAAUUCAGGAGGUUUAUAAUAUAAAAUCAAUAAGUGUUCCAAGAAGAAAACAGAAAAUAGGGGAGUGGGUAGAAUUUAUUAAAUAAAGGAAAACUUCCCUGAUGAUAUUUUGAGUUUUAAGAUUGAAGAAAGGCUAGUGUUGAGUUUGCACAAUAAAUAGGAAAGAUCCAUAUAAAGCCAUACCACUAUAAAAUUUUAGGAUGCCAGGCCUCUAAGGGACCCAUCCUAAAAUUUACCAGAUAGAAAAAGGAUUGAGAAAAAUACCCAAUGACAACAUUGAACCUAGGAAUCAGUGGGGCACUAUCUUCAGAAGUGUAAAUGAACUAUGGUUCUGGGUCACCGUAGAAUAAAGACUAGAUAUGUUAGUUCGUAGAAGACUGAUUCUCAGGGAUAAACUGGAUAAACUCCAUCAGAACAAGAAUAAGUCAGGAAAAAAAUACAAUGUAGUAUAUAGAAACAGGAUCAAACAGGAGUGAGAUAAUAGGAAGUCCUAGGAUUACAGUUGUGAAGAGACUUGGCAGCCAAUCCAGAUUGAUAGUCAGCAGGCCAGACUUAAGGCUCUCUAGAGGUCAGGCUGUGUAUUGUGAGAAGUUUCACAGAACUGUGGAGAAUGUGAGACUAAAUACUGGAAAAUCAGGCAAAUGGGAAGAGACAAGCCAGAGAAAAGAUUGUGUAAGAAAAGAAACAUUCCCUGAGCCAAGUACAUGUACCAAGCUAAUAUUUCUUGUUUUCCUGAAUUAUAUUCAUAAAUAUUUGUACUAUUCCACUGCUUUGGUUUUCUUUGGCAACUCCAAUUGUAUGUUGGAUUUCCUCUGCCUGUCAUUGAUUUCUAUCAUUUGUUCUUAAUUAUUUUUUAUCUUUUCAUUUGCUUUUCUUUUUUGGCCCCGUGACAUACAGUAUCUUAGUUCCCUGACCAAAGAUCAAACCCGUGUCCCUUGCUUUGGAAGCGUGGAGUCUUAACCAUUGGACCGCCAGGGAAGUCCCUGCGUUUCUCAUCUCUAAUCUCUGUUCCUUAAUGUGCUUCCUGUGGUAUCCUGACUCACUUGUGUUCCUUUUAAUGUAACCUUCAUUUCUGGAAAAAAAAAAAAAUUUUUUUUUCUGUUUCCUAAAUUCUACCAAUUUCUGUUUCACUUUAGGGACAGCUCUUCCCUGAAUUCUUGUAUUUCUUAGCUGCAUUUGCUUCAUUAGAUUUUUAAAAUUUACACUGGAAAUGUCAGUGUACUAUUUUCAACUGCUUUAUGGGAACAUUUUCUUGUGAGUUUUCUCCGGGGAAACUCUGGGCUGCCUUGGUCUCCACUUAGGGCAGUGGGAAUCUUUGACUAUGGAACAUUGGGCAUGAGCUUUGCCAUUGGCUGACCCAGAAGGAGGAGGCAGAAUGUCUCCAUUGUUACACCACAGAGUUCAAACUUCAGAAGACUUGAGUUAAACAGUGUUUUUUACUCUGCAAAUUGUUGCAUCUUCACUUGUCCUCUAUGAUCAUCACAAACUAAUGAAACACCCUUUAGGUCUUAUGAAUUCAGGUUAUACUGUUUUCUGGAUACUCUGGCAAUUGAUACAGAACCUGUGAAAAAUGGAACCAAACUCUCUAAGGACCAAAGUUCCAGCUUUCUUAUCUGAUCUGGGGAAGGCCACGUUGAGGGGGAUCAGAAAGUGUCCCCGAUGUGGCACAUACAAUGGAACCCGGGGACUGAGCUGUAAGAACAAGACAUGUGGAACCAUUUUCCGGUACGGUGCCCGGAAGCAGCCUAGUGUUGAAGCUGUCAAAAUCAUCACAGGCUCCGAUCUGCAAGUCUACUCAGUGCGGCAAAGAGACCGGGGCCCUGAUUACCGAUGCUUUGUGGAGCUAGGUGUUUCAGAGACAACCAUACAGACGGUGGAUGGGACCAUCAUCACUCAGCUGAGUUCUGGCCGGUGUUACGUCCCCUCAUGCCUGAAAGCUGCCACCCAGGGCGUUGUGGAGAACCAGUGCCAGCACAUCAAGCUGGCAGUGAACUGCCAGGCAGAGGCCACCCCUCUGACUCUAAAGAGCUCGGUCUUAAAUGCCAUGCAGGCCUCCCCAGAAACCAAGCAAACCAUCUGGCAGUUGGCCACGGAACCCACAGGUCCCCUUGUACAGAGGAUUACUAAAAACAUUUUGGUGGUGAAAUGCAAAGCAAGCCAGAAGCAUAGUUUGGGGUAUUUACAUACAUCCUUUGUGCAGAAAAUCGGUGCCAAAAGCUUGCCUGAACGCCGUUUCUUCUGCUCCUGCCAGACUCUAAAGUCACACAAGUCGAAUGCUUCCAAGGAUGAGGCGGUCCCGAGAUGCAUUCAUUUCUUUGCUUGCAUCUGUGCCUUUGCCAGUGACGAGACAUUGGCUCAGGAAUUCUCAGACUUCCUAAACUUUGAUUCCAGCGGUCUAAAGGAGAUUAUUGUGCCCCAGUUAGGUUGCCAUUCAGAAUCACCAGUAUCAGCUUGUGAGUCUACGGCCUCUAAGCCAAAGAAGAGGAAAAAGGAGGAAGUAUCUGGUGCACAGACAAACAGUUCCCUGCUACCUCCAGAUGCAGUGAGCAGUAAUCUAAGGAAAAGUGGCCUGAAAAAGCCUGUGGUUGCUUCUUCAUUAAAAAGGCAGGCCUGUGGUCAGCUGUUAGAUGAGGCACAAGUGACCUUAUCCUUCCAAGACUGGCUGGCCAGUGUCACAGAACGCAUCCAUCAAACCAUGCACUAUCAGUUUGAUGGCAAACCAGAGCCACUGGUUUUCCACAUUCCUCAGUCCUUUUUUGAUGCCCUGCAACAGAGAAUAUCCAUCGGCAGCGCAAAGAAACGGCUUCCCAACUCUACCACAGCUUUUGUUCGCAAAGAUGCCUUGCCACUGGGAACCUUUUCCAAGUAUACCUGGCAUAUCACGAAUAUCCUGCAGGUUAAACAAAUCUUAGACACCCCGGAGAUGCCUUUGGAAAUCACCCGGAGUUUUAUCCAGAACCGAGAUGGGACCUAUGAGCUGUUUAAAUGUCCUAAAGUAGAAGUAGAGAGCAUAGCAGAAACCUACGGUCGUAUAGAAAAGCAACCAGUGCUGCGACCCUUGGAACUAAAAACUUUUCUCAAAGUUGGCAACACUUCCCCAGAUCAAAAGGAGCCAACACCUUUCAUCAUCGAGUGGAUCCCAGAUAUUCUGCCCCAGUCCAAGAUCGGUGAACUUCGAAUCAAGUUUGAGUACGGGCAUCACCGCAACGGGCAUGUGGCAGAGUACCAGGACCAGCGGCCGCCCUUGGACCAGCCCUUGGAACUGGCGCCUCUGACCACCAUCACUUUCCCUUGAAGCAAAACAAGAGUCUUGCUGCUAAAUUUGCACAUCCCCACCCUUUGACAACUUUAAAUACUAGUUAGACACUUAGAUGGCUCUGUUCCUUAGUGAACUACUCUUAGCUAAGAUGCAGCUUCUCAGUGCAUUCAAGUGAAUUCUUUUGAAGAAAAACUCUUCUUGUAAAUAGCCCUUUUGGUGCUGCUGUGUAUAGCCUUCAUUUAACUUGGAUGGUAUUCCUGGGUAGAGUUUUUAAAGAAACAAAAAGAAAACCAGCUCACUUACCUUCCUGAAGGACUCACCUUUAGAGUUUGUUUCAACCUUUUCCUAAUUCUCUAGGAAGUCAGCAGCCCUCCACCUUAUACUAACAUGUUGGAAAAUUAAUACCUUGGUUAGGGCAAAAUGUUGAAGAUCAUCCUGACAGAGUUCCAAUCAUAUCCUUUUAUUCUCUUCUCAAAUAAUGCACAGUGUCACUAGUUUUUAUAAAUUAUAUCUUGUGUUGGUCUAAUUAUAAAAUUAUAAACCUUUUGGGAGAUUUAGGUGAUAGUGAACCAGGAAAAAGAGAUUCAGGUGUCAAGGCAAUAUUGAUUGACAUUUCAAACUAAUGCUUGUAAUUGCUUGUUCACUUGAUUUUUAUUUCCUUCUUUACUCUCCAAAAAGCUUAACAGGUGGUAAAAUUCAAUUUCUAUUUUUUAAUUCAUUGAUCACAGAAUGGAGAUACUGAAAGUCACAGAAUAGAAGCCUGCCUUUAAGGAGAAAAGAAGAGAAUGGAACAUUUCCUAUUUGCCUAUUACAUCCCAGGCAUUUUCAUUUCCAAUCUCACUUAAUCAUUUUUCUUAUUUAGUCCUCAUCAUUAUUUGAGUUUAGCCACCACUCCUUCUUUUAUAAAGUUAAACAGUCUCUCUGAGAUUAAGUAUCUUACUGGAAAUAGCAUUAAAAAUGUUUCAUUUUAUUCCAAAGUGCAUGUUCUUUCCACUUUAUCAUCUUGCUUUAUAAAUUCUUCAUAAUUCAUUCUCUUUGGAAGACGAGAAAAGUGUAUAGGUAGGCAGUUUUGACUGCACAUAACAAAAAGCCAACUCUAACCAGCUCAGGCAAAAGUAGGAAUGAAUGACUGGUUCAGGGACACUAAAACAGGGCUAGACAGCUAUCCUUCCGUGAAGCAGGGGUGUGGUUAGGCCUCAGAACCCCUGCAGCCAGGGUCCAUCUGACCCAUCUCUACCUCUCCUGAGGCUUCAUUACUAUCAACACAGAGCAGCUCCUUCUGGUAGGCUAUCUGGCUCCUAACAUAUCCUGGACAGCAAAGAGAUCAAAUCAAUCAAUCCUAAAGGAAAUCAAUCCUGAAUAUUCAUUGGAAGUACUACUGAUGCUGAAAGCUGGAGCUCCAUACUUUGGCUACCUGAUGUGAAGAACUGACUCACUGGAAAAGACCUUGAUGCUGGGAAAGACUGAAGGCAAAAGAAGGGGGUGGCAGAGGAUUAGAUGCUAAUUAGAUCACCAACUCAAUGGACAUGAAUUUGAGCAAACUCCAGGAGAUGGUGAUAGACAGGGGAGCCUGGCAUGCUGCAGCCUAUGGGGUCACAAAGGGUCGGAAAAGACUUAGUGACUGAACAACAACAAUAAAUGCACCUGAAACUA